GACGUUGUAAAGUUAAAAACAGACUUUGUUUAUCUUGGAUGCUCCUGACAUGUACUCGAACUAGUUCUGCAUUCGCCCAUAGUUUUUUCUUCGUGAUCUUUUUAGAUUAAUUCUGAGAAGAGUGUACUAUCUAUCUUUGAAGCUUAACAGACAUCCUGGUGUUUGUUCUAUAUUUGCAGCUACAUUUAAUUUACCAUUUUAUUCGAAAUCGACGUUGGCUUUAUCAAGCGCGAGCAAGCUAUCAAACACGAUUGAGAGCAAGCAACUAGGUGAGGAUAGCAAACGUUAACGAACGGUAAACGGGCAAUUCAAAGAGCGCCAUGGCGACCGAAGUGGAGACAUGGGCCACCGCUCAACAGCACGACGGAGUGUUCGCCUUUGACAGCGACCUGGGAGGGACUGACCAUUUCUAUGGCGAUGAGGACGAGGGCCUGAUCGAGGCGGAGGUGAACGGCAACUGGACCCCGCAGGAGAAGGCGUUGCACAAGGCGCGUCUUGAGGCCAAAGCCAAGAGGCGUCUGCGCAAGUCCUCGUCACGCAACUCCACCAGCGACUCGCUCUCCGAGUCCCUGUCCGGGGAGCUGGCUGGGGGCGACCCACACAGCCCCAAGGGCAAGGUCAAUGCCAACGACCGCAAGUCGCGGGCAGGCAAAGGCAGAGGCCUGCCCAAGAAAGGUGGUGCGGGUGGUAAAGGGGUGUGGGGAGCGGCAGGAAUGGUCUACGAAGACGAGGAGCCGGACGCGAGGGACCCCAACUACGACGAGUCCAAACAGGGAGACACGGUGUAUGCAAAAGUGGUACCAGUACUGGACGAGAAGGAGCUGGAGAAGACCGUCAACCCAAUCGUCCAGGAGUACUUUGAACACGGAGACACAAAAGAGGUCCAGAUGCUGCUGAAAGGACUGAACCUGGGCCACAACAAGUAUGAGUUCUCUUCCCUGGCCCUGUCCCUGUCUCUGGAGGGCAAGGCCAGCCACCGGGAGCUCACCUCCAGGCUGCUGUCCGACCUGGCGGGUAAAGUGCUGUCCCAGGGGGACAUGGCCCGGGCCUUCGACAAGACGCUCCGCGAACUACCGGACCUCAUCCUGGACACCCCUGAGGCCCCACAGAUGCUGGGUCAGUUUAUCGCCAGAGCCAUAGCAGACCACGCCCUCCCCAUGGCCUUCCUGGACCGCUACAAGGGAAAGGUGGACUGUGACUAUGCCAGGGCAGCGCUCGACCGUGCGGCCGUGCUCCUCUCCAUGAAGAGGGAGAUGGUGCGGCUCGACAACGUGUGGGGUGUGGGCGGAGGCCUCAGACCUGUCAAACACCUCGUCAAAGAGAUGAACCUGCUGUUGAAGGAAUACCUGGUGUCAGGGGAAGUGUCUGAGGCAGAGCACUGUCUGAGAGACCUGGAAGUUCCUCACUUCCACCACGAACUGGUCUAUGAGGCAGUGGUCAUGGUGCUGGAGUCCAAAGGGGACAAAGCCAUUCAGAUGAUGGUGAAGCUGCUCCAGUCCUUCUGGAAGUCUGGACUUAUUACUCUGGACCAGAUGAACCGGGGUUUCCAGCGCGUGUAUGAUGAGCUUCCAGAGAUCAACCUGGACGUCCCCCAUGCCCAUGGCAUCAUGGAGGCUCUGGUGGACCUGAGCUACCAGGAAUCAGUCAUCACUAAACAGCUAAGAGACGCAUGUCCCUCCAGGGGGCGCAAGCGGUUUGUGAGCGAGGGAGACGGUGGACUGAUCAAGCAGUAGUGUGGAGGAGGAGGGGAGGCUACGGUGUGUCCAUCACCCUCCCCUCUGCAGCCCUCCCCUCUGCCCCACGCAGCAACCCUGAGGCUGGUCUGCCUGGCAGGCUGACUCCCCUGCUCUACCCCCAACCCUCCGUCAUCAACACCUACACACACACUCACACAGCACCUCACACAGCACCACACACACCGACGUUGACAUCGGGUGGAGGAGGAUCGAAGUGAGAGGCACUGGCGUUCACCUACUCUAUUUUCUUUUUUGUAUUAGGUCUUUUCUGUGAGAACGUUGUCUAUUUCUGGGAUUGCCAUGCGUUCUCCUGCCUCAUUCUUCAGUUUGCCCCAUGAUGUCUGGAUUGGUCCUCCUGGUCAAGGUGUCUGAAGAAUGGGGGAAGGGGGUGGGGGGAUUUAACGAUUAACAUGGAGUUUAGGUCAAUUGGAGUCUGUUGAGGCGCAUGUCUGGUGAUGGGCAUGAGGGGUUAUGUGGUUUCAGUUGCUUUGCCAAACUGGUGUUUCGGUAAUUACAUUUUGCUUUGCAUCUACAUUGCUCAAAAUAAGCAACAUGCAAAACACUUGGAGGUCACAGCCUGCAACUUUCCAACAAGCGCUUAGUUAUCGAAUGCUCUUUGGGAACGCUAUGGACCUCAGCUUUCUUUUCUUUUUUUUUGACCAAAGCUUUAUUUGUAAGACAGUUCUCAGAAGUGUUCAAAUUGAUUCAACCAAUUAUUCCUGUUCUGUAUUUCUUUGUCAGCCCAAUGUCCUGGCUUAUUUUGGUUAGACAGGGCAUAGUUCACUGUUCAGAGCAAAGCUGUGGUCAAAACAAAAGCCUGUUUGUACCUCGUUGGUUAUCCAAGGGCCCACCUUCUGUGGACAGGCUUGGGAGAUCAACGUAGGGUAUCUCAAACACUCAGGAUGGACAAGGCCUUAUGCAUACUUUUCUGGAGGAUUUAGAUGCCCCAAACUGGAGUACUUAUCAGGUUUUUGUUGUAUUUGUGCUAGAUUCUGUGACCCACUCCCACAGUGGAAUGUAUACCCCUAUAUCAUAGAGAUUUCUUCUUUGUGCCCAGACUAAACCAAACCAGGUGCUGGACUAGAGAAAUAUGAAUGAAGGUUUUCAAUUUUGUGUGGUCUCGAGUCCAGGACUUAAUGUGGUCAAAUCUGGCUCUGGUCUUUUCACUGACCCUGGUGUCUUGGGCUGAGGGUAUGCUCUUUAGUGUUUGAACCUUUUCUAAAUGCUGUUCCUUCCAUCCCUUUGUGCAUGGUUGUAAGCAUGUGCAUCCUAUGAAUCCUUUGAAUGUCAGAUCAGGGAGUUAACCUAGGGGGGAAAGGAUGUAAGGAUACAUUUUGAGAUGGUUCACACUAGAGCCAGAGUUCCGUUUGUCUGACCAAUGGGUAACCUUCAGAAUCACAAUGUGAGGAAUAUGGAAAUGGAUUUUACAUCUUUUCAUUGAAUAAAAAACAAGCUAGCAUCAAAAAA